GACUUUGCAGGCUCCAAUCGCCGUGCGGCAGGCGCUUUGGGGUUUGGGCGAUCCACGCACAAGUGCGCGCCCCCUCGACCACGUUUCAAUGUGGGCUCUUGGAGGCAUUCCCCUCAGCUGGAUCGUGGGCGCAGCGUUAAGUGCAGCGUUGAUCAUAUACGGAUACCAUCCUCUCAAGGCAUGGCAGCUCCCACGCCUCCCAGGGCCAAAGGCCAAGUGGCUCAUUGGCAACUUCGAUGCCUUCCUUGGUGGGCGUGGCAUGCAUCUGGUCUUUGCGGACUGGGCAAAGCAACAUGGCUCACUAUUCAAGAUCUGGUUUGGCGCUGCUCCUAUUGUGGUCGUCACCGAGCCCAAGCUGGGCAGGCUGUUAAUCCUGCGGAAUGUGGAGCGACUGGCGCUGAGGGGUGCACCUGAUCUGAUGACUGGGCGAGAUCACAAGAUACAGAUCGCCAACCUGGCAGCCGUCAAAGACAAGGCACAGCAUCGGGACAUCAAGAGUGCCUGGCUGCCCAUGUUCAACAGUGCAAGUUUGGACGUGUCGUGUGGCCUCAUCAACAACUGUGCUGAGCAGCUGUGCUCCAACCUGGCAGAGUAUGCGGCAGAAGGCAGCGAGGCAAAUAUCUGGCGCGAAUAUGGGCGGCUCACUAUGGGCGUUGUGGGAACUGUGGCGUUUGGCGUGGACCUGCACACACAGGAUGCUGAUAAUAGCAAUAACUCUGAAGCAGCAAAGAGGCUCAUAUCAUCAGCCCAGACACUCUUCGAGCAGAAUCCCUUUGGAGGAAACAUAUACUCAGCAAUAUUGCUGCUGUUUCCUUUUGCGGUGCCAAUCUUGAAGCCCAUAGCAAGAUACUUCCCGGAUGCAGAGAUGCGCAAGAUGGCCGCAGCACGCCAGCUCCUGUACAAGACUUCAACAGAGCUGCUGGAAACAGCUCGCAAGCAGGUUGCACAAGAUGGCAAGGAUGCCCAGCAGAGGGUGGAGGUGGCGGCGGCCAGUGCCACAGGGGCGGCGGGCGCGCCGAUGAGCUUGGAAGCUCGCAAGCAGGCGCGCGCAGUGAAGCCCGGCAGCUUCAUGCACCUGCUCAUGAGCUCCAGCCACACCGCGGACGGCAGCCCCUUCACAGACAUCGAGAUCAUCGCACAGGCCUUCGUCUUCCUCCUGGCAGGGUACGAGACGACGGCAAACACGCUGGCCUUCACCACGUUCUCUCUUGCCGCCAAUCCAGACAAGGCAGCCAAGCUUGUCGAGGAGAUUGACAGGGAGGCGCCGGAGGGCGAUGUGACGGCAGAGCACCUGUUGCGCAUGCCCUACGUGGAGGCGUGCGUGAAGGAGGCGCUGCGGCUGUACUCGCCGGCCACUCUGCUGGGCCGCCAGCUGGGCGAGGCCACCCUCAUCAAGGGCCACACCGUCCCCAAGGGCACCGGCGUCAUGGUGCCGAUCUAUGCGAUCCACCGCGACCCGGAGAUCUACGCGGAUCCGGAGGAGUACAAGCCGGAGCGCUGGGUGGAGGGAACGCGCGAGUACGCCGCAGACAAGCAUGUGCCGGGCAAGUGGAUGCCCUUUGGGGAGGGGACGCGCGUCUGCGUAGGCCAGCGCCUCGCCCUCAUCGAGGCCAAGAUCGCCCUCGCGCAUGUCUUCCGCAAGUUCACCUUCAAGCUCAGCCCGGGCCAGGUCCCUCUGGAGACCGAAUGCAAGCUCCUGCUGAAGCCCAAGACUGGCGUGUUUGUCACCCCUGCCUUGCGCAAGGAGGAGUGAAGGGCAUCUUUGAAGUUUUUAAGCUUCAAGCGGGUUCACAGGGCACAAAUUCCCUUGCUUGCACACCUAAAGCAUACCAGCGCUGCCGCAUGAAGAAGUACCGAGCUGGCAUGCUCACCUGCGCAUACAGUGAAGAUUGAAAUUGCAGGAACACAAUGACAGUCCUUUUGUCGUAUUGAUGUACAUUUCUGGAUGUCUCAGCUACAUGCAGGAAUAUUUUGCAGGGCAGAGAAGCACAAGUGGACUAUUUUGCAGAUGUCAUCUUUGCACAUGUACACAGUGUGCCAGGGAUUGCAAUUGUUAUGCGCAGUCCUGCUCAGGAGGAGCGUGCUGUCUUGCAUGCAGCAGCAGCCUCGAUGAGAUUUUUAAGGCCAUUUCCUGUAUCAUGAGGUCUGAUAUUGCAAGUCUAAAUGCUCAUGGUGUCUUGUGUCCAGCUGAAGGUAGAUUGGCUUGCUGGACAGACUGUAGUAUAUAUAUUUGCAACAUUGCAAAUGAUCUCAGUGUGUAUGAUAAUCAACUUGAAUGCAAGAGCAGGAUGAAGUGGUCCAUUUUUUUAUAGGCCCCCUGGCAGCAGUUCAUGUGUUUGCGUGUGCAAGUGCUGAGAAGACUUUGGCAAGCAGCAAACUAACGGCAAGUAAUAUUCGAUUGUAUCUUACAGAACUGAGCACCCUCCGAUGUAGUCCAAAUUGACAAU